CCUUCCACCUCUUCGUCUCCGUCCCGCAUCUGCCGGCGUUGGAUCUCGGUGUGAUAUGGAUAAUGCCGUCGAGAGCCUCGCCGGGCUGAGCGUAACCGACGGCUGGGCCUCGUCGGCUCCAAAUCUCCAGAGGAAUCUCGGGAUUCUCUCCUCUGAGGAGAUCGGACUUGCCAUGAUGUUGUUACGGGAGGGCCAAAAACAUCUUUUUGAUCAUUGGCCAGAACCAGGUGUUGAUGACAAAAGGAAGAAAGGCUUUUUUGAUCAGGUUGCUCAACUUAAUGCAAACUAUCCUGGUGGUUUGGUAUCAUAUAUUCAAAAUGCAAGAAAACUCUUGGCAGAUUCAAAGGCUGGGAAAAAUCCAUAUGAUGGCUUCACUCCUUCUGUUCCAACAGGAGAGGUUCUGACAUUUGGCAAUGAUAACUUUAUGAUGUUGGAAGAGGCUGGUGUUAGAGAAGCUAGGAGGGCCGCAUUUGUUCUUGUGGCUGGUGGGCUUGGAGAACGCCUUGGAUACAAAGGAAUUAAAUUGGCUCUUCCUUCAGAAACCACAACAGGCAGAUGCUUUCUCCAACACUACAUAGAAUCUAUUCUAGCAUUGCAGGAGGCUAGUUGUAGACUGGUACAAGGCCAAUGUGAACCUGAAAUUCCUCUGGUGAUUAUGACAUCUGAUGAUACUCAUGAAUCAACAUUAUUGCUUUUAGAGUCGAAUUAUUAUUUUGGAAUGAAAACCACUCAAGUAAAGCUUAUUAAGCAGGAAAAAGUAGCAUGCUUAACUGAUAAUGAUGCCAGAUUUGCAUUAGAUUUAAAUGACAAGUACAAAAUUCAGACAAAGCCUCAUGGCCAUGGUGAUGUUCAUGCACUUCUUUAUUCUAGUGGCCUUCUGAAUUCGUGGCAGAGUGCAGGUCUUAAAUGGGUUCUGUUUUUCCAAGAUACUAAUGGAUUACUCUUUAAGGCAAUACCAGCUUCAUUGGGUGUUAGCUCUACAAAAGGAUAUCAUGUAAAUUCUCUUGCAGUUCCUAGAAAGGCAAAAGAAGCAAUGGGGGGGAUAACCAAACUUACUCAUACUGAUGGUUCAGAAAUAGUUACUAAUGUGGAAUAUAAUCAGUUGGAUCCCUUACUACGUGCAACUGGGCAUGCUGAUGGAGAUGUGAAUUGUGAAACAGGUUUUUCUCCCUUCCCUGGAAACAUAAACCAGAUAAUUUUGGAUCUUGGACCAUAUAUAAAGGAGCUUAGCAAAACGCAAGGUGCUAUUGCUGAAUUUGUUAAUCCUAAAUACAAGGAUUCAACCAAGACAUCCUUUAAAUCCUCAACUCGGUUGGAAUGCAUGAUGCAAGAUUAUCCGAAAUCUCUACCCCCAUCGGCGAAGGUUGGAUUCUCAGUAAUGGAUAAAUGGCUUGCUUAUGCACCUGUAAAGAAUAAACCUGAAGAUGCUUCAAAGGUGCCCAAAGGAAAUCCCUAUCACAGUGCAACAAGUGGAGAGAUGGCUAUUUAUAAGGCUAAUUGUCUUAUUCUCAGAAAGGCUGGUGUGCACAUAGCUGACCCUGUGACUGACAUCUUCAAUGGACAAGAGGUGGAACAGUGGCCAUGCAUCACAUGGAGCCCAAAAUGGGCCUCAACUUUUAGAGACGUAAAAAGAAAAGUUGGUGAGUGUUGCUCCAUAUCACAGAGAUCUUCCAUGAUCAUCAAUGGCCAGAACAUAUUCCUUGAUGGUCUCUCCUUGGAUGGAGCUCUUGUUGUCAAUGCUAAUGAUCAAGCAGAGGUGAAAGUAACCGGAUAUGUUCAAAAUAAAGGUUGGGCACUUGAGCAUGUUGAUUAUAAAGACAUCUCGAUUCCUGAGGAAACAAGGAUAAGAGGUUUCAAAGUCUGUAAGAUUGAACAGGUUGAAAUAAACUAUGCCGACCCAGGAAAAUUCUGCUUCAAGUCAUGAAGAAGAUUCAAAUGCAGCUACACACCCGUCUUGUUAGUCCACACUGGGAGAUUGUUUUGGUUACAACUUAACCAUUCUUUUGUGCAUAGGAAUAAGUCCUCAAACUCCUUUCUAGUUGUGCAUGAGAACAAGUCAUUUUGAUUCUUCAUAAUUUUGUAUUGCAAAUGUUAUAAAAGACAAAACCUGCAAUGCAGUUUCUGUCUCAAAAGACACCAAUAUGAUUUUCCAACUAUGGAAUCGAAUGAUAGGAAUGCAUAUUUUUGUCAUAUGGAUGUAAUGAUGUUGCCAAAGUCCAAUUCAACACCCAUGUAUUUUGACACCAUUUUAAUAUGACAUGAAUUUUUCUUC